AGCUGUGUUGCCCGGGGAUACAGGAUGUCGUAACGAGACGAGAAGGAGCGCUGAACACUGCGAGGGGAGCAGAGAGAGAUUUAGAGUGAGACGUUUCAUGUUUCCAGUCACUGGAGCUCAGUUCCUCCCCCCCGCCCGACCUGAACAGUGGUGUCGCCCGCACAGAUCUGUUAUUGUGCUGCAGAAGAGAGAGAGAGAGAGAGAGAGUGUGUGUGGGAGCUGUGUGCACGUUUUUUCUUCAUCAUUCAGGAAACAACAUCAGCGAGCGACUCUAAAGAGUCUAAACGAAACACAGACAAUAAUUCAGGCAGAUAAAGAGAGAGAGAGAGAGAGAGAGAAAACGACAGAUCUCAGAGACGGUCUGUAUCUCUCACCUCCGAGCAUCUGUGUGUGUCCUCCAUCCUUUCUGCUCCUCUAAGGAAGAGGAGAGCCGAGCCCCCUCCCUCCCCACCCUCCUCUCCUCGGCUGCCAGCACACACAGAAAAACUGAAAAUCAAACGCUUUUAUUCAUUCCUCAGUCUGCUCCGGUCUUCUUUCGGGAGCCAGCGGCUUGCCCAUGUCCGUCAACUCGGAAAAAUCUUCUUCUCCGGAAAGGUACGGUGUCUUUACACGACCCGACACUCAGAAGGUUCUGUCUGCACCUCCUCCCCCUCCUCCCCCACCCGAGCCUGUUGCCCCUCCAGAGCCUGAGGAGGAGAUUCUGGGCUCUGAUGAUGAGGAGCAGGAAGACCCCGCUGACUACUGCAAAGGAGGAUACCAUCCAGUGAAGAUCGGAGAUCUUUUCAAUGGAAGAUACCAUGUUAUCCGAAAACUAGGAUGGGGCCAUUUUUCCACCGUCUGGCUGUGUUGGGAUAUUCAAGGGAAGCGGUUUGUUGCGAUGAAGGUUGUUAAGAGUGCUCAGCACUACACAGAGACGGCCCUGGAUGAAAUAAAACUUCUUAGAUGUGUACGAGAGACAGAUCCUGAUGACCCUAAUAAAGACAUGGUUGUUCAACUAGUAGAUGACUUUAAGAUCUCAGGGGUGAACGGGAUUCAUGUUUGUAUGGUGUUUGAGGUUCUUGGUCAUCAUUUACUAAAGUGGAUCAUAAAGUCUAAUUAUCAGGGUUUGCCAUUACCCUGUGUCAAAAGUAUCAUUAGACAGGUUUUACAGGGGCUUGAUUACCUGCACAGUAAAUGUAAGAUCAUCCACACGGACAUCAAACCAGAAAACAUCCUGAUGUGUGUGGAUGAUCGCUUCAUCCGGAGGAUGGCUGUAGAGGCCACCGAGUGGCAGAAAUCAGGAGCGCCACCUCCGUCUGGAUCUGCUGCUGGUCGUGGUCGCUAUGGCGAUAUGGUUGGGAUGCUUUUACACGAGUUCAGCACAGCUCCUCAACUUAAACAGGUGGGAAAGAUCUCCAAAAACAAAAAGAAGAAGCUGAAGAAGAAGCAGAAGCGUCAGGCCGAGCUCCUGGAGAGACGCAUGCUGGAGAUCGAAGCUCUGGAGCGAGAAGCAGAAAAGCAGAAAGCUCCAAACUCCACCCACAGCCCCACCCUAGCACUGGGGGACAGCGAGGAUGAUGAAGACGAUGAUGAGGAUGCUGAUGAGGAAGAGGAAGUCGAGGGAGAGAAAGAGCGACCCGUCAGGCUCACAAACCACACAUGUGCAGAUGCAGGUCACCAGGACAUUGAGGAGAAUGAAGAAGACUGUGACGUCCCCCUCACCAAAGACUCUACAGAUGAAGAAGAAUCUGUAGUAGAGAUACGCACACACGCUCCACCCGACAAACAAGACCUUCCAGAGAAAGAAGAGGCGACGGAAAACCCGAAAGAAAGAGAAGAGCAACAUGGAAAUGAAGAAACGAAAGUAGAAGAAGAAGGAGAGGAAGAGGAAGAAGAAGAGGAAGAAGAAGAGGAAGAAGCAGCAGCAGAUGAACCAGAAACCAAGGUCACACCCUCACAGUGCUCCGAGCCAAAAACACACCAGUGUUCAGAAGAGGAAGAACCAGAUGCAGAAAAAGAGACCACAGAGGCAGAAAAGGAAAAUGAGCAUAAAUAUGAAGAGGAAGAAGAUGAUGGGGAUGAAGCAGAUGACGAAGGUCAGGAGGAUUCCAACAAGGAUCACAAUGAAAACUCAAAAACAAACGGUCACGUGAUCACGGGUAGGCAGGAGACGGAUCGUCUGUCACCGGCACGGCCGCCUGUUUGUCCGUCGUCACCGUUGCUCUGCCCGUUGGUUGAAUCAGAAAUCAGCACAACCGACCGUGACGCAUCUGACGCCUCGUAUGACCUUUUUAACGGUGAAACACCAGGACUCACGAACGGAUCCCGGCACCGCGGCACAACGCCUCGCUUCCCUGAGCUGCCACUGGAUCCUGAACCGCCCGAAGCCCAGGCGCUCUGCAUCAACACUGAUCGCAGUCGAACCGUAUCGUCAUCAAGUACCGGAGAAACACCGAAAGCGAGGUUAAGAUCGGCCGAUCUACUGGUGAAUCCUUUAGAUCCACAGAACGCAGACAUCUUGAGAGUCAAAAUUGCUGACCUUGGCAAUGCAUGCUGGGUGCACAAACACUUCACAGAAGACAUCCAGACGCGCCAGUAUCGCUCCAUAGAGGUUCUGAUUGGAGCAGGAUACAGCACACCUGCUGAUAUAUGGAGCACCGCCUGCAUGGCAUUCGAGUUGGCUACAGGUGACUACCUGUUUGAACCUCACUCUGGUGAAGACUACUCUCGUGAUGAAGAUCAUAUUGCUCACAUCAUAGAGCUUCUUGGCUGUAUUCCUCGACACUUUGCUCUUUCUGGGAAAUAUUCUCGGGAAUUCUUCAAUCGGAGAGGUGAGCUGAGGCACAUCACCAAACUUAAGCCCUGGACUUUGUUUGACGUGUUGGUGGAGAAAUACGGCUGGUCGGCAGAAGAAGCCGGUCACUUCACGCAUUUCCUUCUGCCCAUGUUGGAGAUGGUUCCAGAAAAGCGCGCCUCCGCUUCCGAAUGCCUCGGUCAUCCCUGGCUCAGCUCGUAGCACUCGUCGUCUGUCUCGGACGCCUCCCUGUGGCUCUGUCCCGUAUCACAGAAGGGGAGGGGCUGUUAGAGGGUCACGGGUGGGCUGACGUGACCUUCGCCUGACUUUCUACAUUUUCUAGUGCUGUACUACACACAUACACUCACACUGGAAUAAUCUCUCAUUUUAUACGAAGCUUCAUUCACCGUCUUCCUCAUUCUACAGAAACGAAGCGCUUUAUAUGCUGAAUACAGGCCUAACGGUUAGACGGUUGGAUUUGUAACCUGAAGGUCUCAGGUUCGAUUCUCAGUGUCGUCAGGAAAUGACUGAGGUGUGUGCCCUUGAACACGUUGUUGUCCCAGUGCUGUGUGUGUGUUUGCAACACAAACUGCUACAGUAGUUGAUGUUUGUCCAAUUACUUACAUCCAGGAAGCCCACCUGGGUCCCUUUAGACGCAGCCCCGCCCCUCAAUCUCUCCACCCUCAACAAAUUAACAAAGGUGGACUUUAAGAAAGGGUUAUCAACAGAGCUGUUUACAAACCUCCACACAAACAACACCUGACUCUGGAAAAUAUGAAUCUUAAAGACUUUGUUUUGAAGCUGCUCCCAGUGGUGACAGACUGAUAGACACGUACGUGAAGUUCAUCUUCUGGUUUAGGUUGGUCUUUAGCGCCACUGAUCUGUCCAAUUCAACCUACAAACGUCAACAUUCCUGAUUGUACAGAUGUGAAUUUGUCCCGCUUACAGUUAUCUGCACUUUUUGGCAGGACGGCCGCUUCUGCUCGCAGGCGUCUCAGUCUGUGGCUUUUGCUUAAUGGGGCUCUGAUUGUGUUUGUUCAGGGAGAAAUUACCAAUGUACAGAAAUCCAGCAACCUAUCCAAAAACUGCUUGAGCUCGAGAUGAAAGCGCAUCAUGGCCUCAGAUCUGCAUGAAGACGGCAGGUGGACGAAACGCACAACAUUAUCUGCGGCGGCAUCCUCAUCGUCAUUUCUUUAUAUAGCGCUUUUCACAGUUUUGCAUUGAUCAUCAUCAUCACUGUUGGUCCAGUUACCUAUUUUCGCAAUAAUAAAUGAAAAUAGAUGGUGAAAUAUUUUUUGAAUUUAAAAAGAAAACAAAGAUUCUCUCAAAGAUGUUGUGACAGUGACAGAGUUUUAGUCGUAAUAAGGUGAUUUAGGUGUUUUGUCUAUUUAGAGAGGUUUUCUUUCUUUAGGGAUUUUUUAAAUUAUUAUUUACUUCACUUCUCUCCCUUCGUCAUAUGGAUCGAGUUUUGCUCUUCGGUGAGGAUACAGUGAAAAAUUUUCAAACCUUUUUGCAAUAAUAGUGAUUAUGGUGAUGAUUUUUGCACAGAAGGCUCCAGAUGUGUCUCAUUCAGCGUCAACAUGACUGCGUCUCAUGUGUUUUCAUCAACAGAUUGAAUAAAAUUUUAAAUUAUGAAUCACAGCA